CGCUUUUUGAUUGCAUUAUUCAAGUGAAGUGCAUUCAACCAGAAUGAAAUUUUUCACAGCUUUAACAAUUUUGGCGUUAGCCCUUGUUUUAGGUGCUGUGGCUCACAAAUGCCCAAUCCCAUGCACCAGGGAGUUGAAUCCUACUUGUGGUUUCAAUGGUUCCUGCUACAGGAAGUUUGGUUCCCCGUGCUUUAUGGAUCUUUAUAAUUGCGAGAAUGAAGAAAAUUUUGUUGCGGUACCACCAGGAGAGUGUGCCACAACCAAACUCCGAUGCAAUGAGUAGAACAAAGAAGAUAUGAACCACGUCAUAAUUUUUGUUCCGAAUGUAAAAUUCUAUUUUGUUUUAUGAUGGAAGAAUAAAUCUGUUAAAAUGCA